CAUGUUAUGGCUUUGACUAUGGAUUCUUCCAACGCACACAAUCACAUUAUGUCAUACAACGUCAUACAAAAAAGGUGCGGCUCAUGUAAUCACUUUUUGCUGGUGGCUUUCGUCUAAACACCUAACAUUUUGUGUUCCUGUCAUCUUGUGCGGAUAUCUUCGAGGAUCUGUGUCAGUUCUACCAAUCGACAUGGCUGCAGCUGAUUUUCCAGACGGCCAUUUCAAAUUGCCAUUGGUUAUCAAUACUGAAGGUCAACCGUUAGACCCAAUAACAACAGAUUACAAAGCAGACACUUUAAAGCGUUUCUUGGACUACAAAACAAAUCGUCCCGAACGCCAUGCAAUUCGAAAUCUUCUCGGUGUCCUCGCCUUCAGAGGAGGAAAUAGAGUAGAAGAAGCGAAAAGUUACUUCAGGAAGAUUCUGAAUGAAGACCCGGGCAAUCUGAACGCAAAGGCCAACAUUGACUACGUUGACAUACCGGCUAUGUCUGCUGAGGAGUAUGUUACGUCUGGUGCAGGGAUUGCAGCAAGCAACCUUGGCCCUGAUGUCUCUUCAGAAACGGAGAAAAAGAAGCAAGGAAGACGAUAUGCUGAGCAGGCCUUCGCGUUCAUUUACGAAAACUAUCACGAGACAGUGACGCACGAACGAUACAGCACGGCCAUAAAGCUCUACAACAUGGCGAUGGACUUGGCUGGCAACCUGGUAGAUGAUAAAGAAAAAGAUGACUGGCAUUUGGGCAUUGGACUGGCAAGCAUGAAGAUACUGAAGUCACGAAGUACAAAACAAGUGGGCGCAAAAGAGAAUUUGCAAAUCACAGUCAGAAAUAAUCACGCCGUAAUCAACAGCGCAUCAGCAGAUAGUGAUAUGAAAAGCGAAGCCUACUGUCGCAUUGGGCUUGUAUCAGCAGAGGCAACUCGUCGUAAGAUUCGUGUAGGCCAAGUGCCUCAAGAUCUAGUUCAGUUCAUUCAAGAUCCAAAAAGGUGUUUUGAAAAAGCAUUAGAACUUGCAGUGGACUACCCAUCAAGAGCCAGUAUAUAUACCCGCCUUGCUAGUUUCAGUUACCGUGACCACGAUUUCAAUGGGGCGAUAGAUUACUUAAAUAAAUCUAUCGAUCUAGAUGGAUCCAAGCACAACUUCCAUGCUUACUCCACCAGGGCUGAUAUGUUGCUGAAGCAAUUCAAAUAUGAACAGAAGACCGCUGAAAGACACCGACGAGGACCACCCCCUAACCGUGAUCAUCUCCUUAAGGCUAAAGAUGACUUAGAGUUCAUCUUGAAAGAACAUGUUUCACCUUGGGAUUUUAUCAACCUUGCUGAAGUCUACUAUCUACUCGCUAAGACAUCCACCAGCCGUGCAUCACUUAUAGAGUACAACGAAAAAGCUCUGGAAACGUGCUCUAAGGUGGAGGCGUGUCAGGAUGGGGCAGACAACCCCAACUGUCAUAAAGUCAAGGGGAUGUGUCUCUGCGUCAAAGGUGAACACCGACAAGCCAUAGAGUCAUUCAAACGAGGCAUGGACUGUGAACAGAAGACUGACAGGCCUUGUGGCAAUGCUCAGUUGUUGGUCUCAGAAUACACCCAUUUGUCGUAAGUAUUUUCUAUAUUUUAUACCCCAGCACUUUCUGAAAAAAUGUAGUCGUGAUGCAAGAUGUUUUUAUACACAUCACUUGACUAUUGCGAUCCCCCGUUCGCUCUCUCCAUGUCGCGCACAUUACUAUCGUCUUGCAACAGGACUACAUUUUCAGAACGCAGUGGGAACGAGUUCAGUGUGAUUGGGUAUUUAAAGGGUUCUUUUCGAAUCCACGGCUUCGGCUCCAGAUUCGGCUCAGGCUAGCUUGGCCCCGCGUUGACAAAAUGCGCGACCGUCUAAGGCAGAAGGUCGGCUAUAACUGACUGGUUUUAGCCGCUGACUAAGACCGCUGUAUUGCAAUCCGCCCCAGGUCUUCAGAGGAGAGAGCCUGAAGCCGAAUCCAAAGCCGAAGCCGUGGAUUCGAAAAGGGGCAUGUUGGGAGGUUGGGAUGUCUAACUCUAAAGAUACUUUUGACUGUCAAUUAGCAAUCAACAUUGACAGAAAUUCGGAUUGAAAACGAUCGAAAGUGUUUGAAAUAUUGAUUUUGUGAAAAUAUAAAUGCCUAUAAAAAGAAUGUGAACCCUUUUCAAGUAACUUUAAUGUGGAAAAACAUAUUUAAAUUACCCACAAAAUAUGUUGUAAAAGGAGAAUGAAACUCAAUGUGAAUACCAUUGAAUUGUACGUUUUAUUGAUGCGUUUACGAAAGGAUUUGUUGCCAAUGUCUCAAAUUAUUGCCCAUUUGGCUGUCAAGAGACUAUCAACAUGGACAGAAAUUCAGAUUGAAAUCACUCACAAAUGUUUAGAAUAAUAAUUAUAUAGUUUUGGAAAAGAAAGGUCUAAAAAUGACUUUCAAUCUUUUUAAAAUUAAUUUUAGAGUGAAAAGAAAAUGAAAACUGGCACGACAAUAUGCUGUAAAAAAUAUUUUUAAAAUAAAAUAAAAAUUAAGAGCCGAUACUAUAGAAUAGCAGAUUUAUAAAACAUUACAUACUGCUGUAUAGAGCGUAUAUUAUGCAUAGUUAGUACACCCUAUGUAAAGAAAUGUCAGUUCAUUAUGUUUUUGAUAGAUAAAACGGUAAUAUCAAACCAUUAAAAGUUAUAAUAAUCUUUCUUUUAUACAUUUAGUAGAAUGUUCUGUCUCUGAGAUAUCAUGUGUUAUAAGUGUACAAAAGGAAGAAGUUAAUCGUGACAUUAAAUAAUACAAAAUAAAUAAAAAGAAAUGUAUCUCUGGUUUAAUGCAAACUAUCCUAUAAACAUACAUUGUAGAAGGUAAUUCCAAUUAUAUUUGGGAACAUACCAAAGUUUUCAGGUGUGUGUUUUGUUUAAAUUUUAUUUUUACUUAAGUCACUCGAUUUUAAUCUAAAUGGCUGCCAUGUUUGAGAGGUUUUUGAUUUUCGUGGAAUAGUAAAUUGCAAGAUUUGUUUUAAAUAUAAUAAUUUUGUUGGUGAUCAAACUAAGAUAGACCUUUACUGAAUGUAAAAAAUAUGCUGUAAAAAGGAGAAUAAUACGGAAUUGGUAAGAAACAAAAACCGUGAUGAUCACAGAUAUAAAACUUACACGGUCUAAUGAUGAUGAUAGUAGAAAAC